AUGGCUCUCAGGAACGCUAUCCUCCUCGGUCUAAAGAAUCCAAAAGUUUAUCAAAAGUGUUUGGAAGAAGACCAGGACUUGCUUACCGCCGAACGAGUGGUCGAAAUUGCAACUCUCUUGUACAACAGCGAUUGUCAAAGAUCAAUUAUGCAGACUCUCAGUACAGCAACUGCAGCAGCAACUGCAAACCAGCAAGGAUAAACACAGAUUCACAAAGUGCAAGCAAAGCAUCAAAAAGGCGGAAAGUCAACGAAGUGGUCAAAUCGAGACAAGACGUCGAAAACUAAAGAGCAUGGUGAGACAAAAAGACAAAGUUGUUUUUGUUGUGGAGCAAAGCCUGCUCACCCCAGAUCGCAGUGUCCGGCCAAGGAUGUUACAAGUCACAAGUGUAGAAAGAAAGGAAAUUACAAAAAGUGCUGCAAGAGCAAAACAGGUAAACAAGGUACAACUGGUGAACCUAGGCAGGUUCAGGUACAUGGUUUACAAGCACCGCUAACAGGAGUUAGUGCCAAUUAGACUUCAGUUCGUGAUCCUGCAGAGGACUACCACAUGAUGUUUGGUCCACAUGUACCACAGGAUGACCAGCACACAAUGUUUCACCAUAUUCAGACUUUUCAUGUGAAGAGUAUUAAUGAUACUUCAAGCAAGCAGAUCAAGCCUCUUUGGUUAAGUACAGCAAGUGGAGGACCGAUAUAUCAGGUUGAAUGCGAGAUCGCUACAGGCGCAGGAUGCAACGUGAUGCCUUUGUAUCUGCACAAAUCCUUAUUUGGAGACAAGAUUCUUACCCCUACCUCUGUGUAGAUAUUUGGAUAUGGAGAAUCUCCUGUAGCAAACCUAGGAGCGUGCACUAUUGCGAUUCAUACUGGUGAAAGACAACAGCCACAGAUGGCGACUUGUCAAGUGACUGAUACUCGAGCGUAUCUCAUCCUAGGCAGAGAAACAGCCCAGCAAGUCGGCUACUUUGCCUUUCCAGAGGUAACUCCGCCUUCUUUAACCAGUACGCCGCAAAUCCAUACAAGUGUUAACGUCCUGCGAGCAGAUUCCAGUUAGGUUAACAAGCCUACAUGUGAGGUGUUGGAUGAUGCUGUCAUCCUGAAUGGAAAGAGCCACAGUUUGCCCAUAACAAAGGAGUACGUGUUAUCCGAAUUCUGA